AAAAAAAAAAAAAAGAGCUCUAAUUUUCAAGAACUAGAAAUUUCAACUAUGAAAAUCUAGUAACUCAUCAAUUGGGUGGAGAAAAACAUAGAAAUGGCCGAAGAUAAAGUUGCAAGCUUAAGGACUGAAGUUUCCGAGUCAGAGAAAAAGUUGGCUGAGAAAAUGCAAGAGUUGAAAAGAAAGUUGAUCGUUGACGAGAUAUUUGUUCGUACUCCUCGAUUGCCCUCUAAAAUUAUAUUAGGCCCGUGUUUUAAGAAUGUGUUCACUACGGAGCUGUCUCCUCAUUACCCGUUGGCUGAAGGAGAAAAGCUACUUCUACACUCGGCGGAACCUGAUUGGUUCAGAGAUAAGACUCUGAGAUCAUGGCCUAAUGUAAGUGGAAUGUGGAUUGAUUGGGUAGAUAGAGUUGAGAAGGCGAAAUGGGAGGUGUGGAAAUCAGCUGAUAUAUAUGACGCCAUUCAGUUGUCGAAACAUGAUAUCCCGCUGGACAAAAAUCUUCUUUAUGCUGCCUUGUGCUAUUGGUCAAUCUCCACAAACUCGUUUCAUUUUAGGUUUGGUAUGAUGGGGCCAACAGUACUAGAUAUUGUUGCCUUGACAGGACUUAGGCCGCAUGGUGAGGAUGUUAGCGUCCCUCUCGGGGUGGCUAAAUCGGCUCGUGAUCUUCCCGAGUAUAAAAAAAUUAAAGAAUGCUUGACUUACUGCAAGUUUCUCGACGUGUCAAUGGGAGCAAUGGCUGUGACAGAGGAAGAACAUAUAUCCUUUCUGGUUAUGUGGCUCUGCAGAUAUCUCUUUUGUAAUUCUUCGAUUACCAUGAUUGAGCAAUGUACAAAACUGGCUCUUCCUCUUUCUAAGGGUAGAAAGCUUGCUUUGGCACCUUUUGUCUUGUCGAAUUUGUAUCAUGCCUGCACAGACAUCGUUACGGGCGGAUUUGAUGAUGCACGGGGUCCAUUCUGGAUCUUGCAACUCUGGCUACAGGCUUACUUUCCAGAACAUCAGCCUUUAACCUCGGAUGACGGUAACCCUCUCACCUACGGGCAUGCCUUGGCUGUUGGUGUUUUGAGACCUAAAACAUUCAGCCAAUACUUUCUCUUCUUCAAUAAAUGCCCAUCUCGAACAGCCAGCCAAUUCACGCCUUUUUCGUCUAGGAAAUUUGGGCCUGAAUGGUUUAAGAGGUCACUUGAUCCUUACUUCCAAAAACUUAACAGAACAGAAUUAAAAGACAUUUGGGCUAGUUAUCUUAUUGCUCGAGACCUCCCUUACAGCAUCCGUGUGGACGAAUCUUCGAAAUGCAAAUGUGGGGUCGAACAUUACUCACCAAAUCAGUUUGCUCGACAGUUUGGCAUGACACAAGCUAUCCCCUUCUACAAAUCAGCAAAUGAUUCAAUCAGAAGAGAAAAAUUCCGAGAUUGCAUUGAAGAAACUGAAUCACGGUUUUAUCAAUUAAAAAGGGAGUUCUCAUUUGUUCCAUUUAAUGUUAAUCCGAGCUCUACCGAUUUCUUCGAUUUCUGGUGGUCAACUUAUAUGACCAAUCGGGAUAAAACUACUACUGCUACUGAUGUCCUCAGGAAGAUCUCACUGUAUGUUACGCCUCUCAGUCCAUCUGAAAAGCAAGAAGUUGCUGUUCAUAGGUCCAACGGUAUUAAAGGCAAUUCUCAGUCUGCAGGAAAAUUUGUCCGGAAUAUGAAGAGGAAAUAUAAAGGGUAUAGUAUUCCGUCAAGAUCGUUUGUACAGCAAGAUGACGAGUCCAGACAACAAAGGAACUCGUAUGAGGUGGCUGAAAAGAUAUCUAUAAAAAGUACAAUAUGCAAGAAGAUGAAGACUUCCGCGAUGAAAAUGCCGCUACCUAGGACAACUUCUAGCAUACCUUUUUCAUCAGCCUUCCCUACAAGCGAUGCUUCUGCUGAUGAAGACAAGACUAAGGCAGACGAGCAAGUUUCUCAUGCUGAUGAUACAUCAACCUCCGCCUUAUCCUCUACUUCUGAAAAAGAAGGCGAAAAGUGUACAGUUUCCCCAUCGUUAGCUGAGACUGAAAGCAAGGCAUCUGAUGUUAGUGAACCAACCGACUGUCCUGUGAAAUUUGACAAUCUAGAAGACUUCUUUGCUCGAGUUAGCGGACAAAUUAAACAAGCUCAAUCUCUUGGAUUUCCUGCUGAUCAUUCUUCUCCCAUAGACGAAAAGACAUCUGCCAUGCAAAAGUCUACACCAUCAGCAGAAAUGCUUGCCACAGCGAAAGACGACAUUGAGAGAUUACUAAUCAUGCCUUCUCAAGACUUGCUUCAACCCGAAAACUGUUCAAAGCUAAAUGCAGCACUGUCAGUAUACACUGCAUCACCAGAUUUAUCGGUUGAGAGAGCACUCGCGUUUGAGAAACUCAAAGAGAACCUUCCACACCUUUCCUCAACGUACCAUAGAGCUAAAAAGGACAAAGAAGAUUAUUACAAGAAGGCUGCCAAGAAAGUGAUCCUCAUCGACGAGCUCACGAAGGGUCAAGAACACUACGCCAACCUCAAAGACUACAGCGACAAACUUGAACGUACAACUGAUUCCAUCAGCAACCAAAUCCACAAGUUGAAGGCAAGCUUGAAGGAUGCAAAGACGAAACGAAAAGCCAUCCAGGACCAAAAAUUGAGUUUGGCUAAGAACUGUUUUGAAAAGUCUAAUGCACUAGAUGAAAUGGAAGCUGAGUCUCCUGAGAUGAAGGAGGUAGCCGAUUCGGACAUUGCCCGAGUGGAAGAAAUCUUGAUAGAGUUGAAGAGUAAGAUAAUCGAAUCGCCACACGCUCUUCUGUGUGAAUUUGCUGACUAG